AUGGGAUCCUUUACUCGCUUGCUUGUGCUUGCUGCUCUUGCCUUUACUGCCUCCGCUUCAGUUGUGCCCAGGGCUGUAUGUGAUAACCCGGUGGUAGAAACUGAAUCGGUGGACGUGGGGGAUGGCAAAUUCUUGACCAUCACAACUACCUCCUGUCCCGGCGCCCGAAUUGAAGAGAGGACCGACGACAAGAGGAUCUGCGGUGCUCUCUGUAACAACUCUUGUAGUAACGCUGCGGGUCCCCUGCCACCUAUUGUUGAAGACUGCGCAAUGCUUCAGAACGCCAUCAGAAUUCUCCCUGGCUCGCAGCAGGGAUUCCCUCCUUCAUUCGGUCUUCAGCCUGGCGAGAGCAAGAGCUUAACCUUCAAUACAUGCACUUUCUCUACCAUUAACAACGGUCCUUCCUCCGUCACCCAGUGCUGGGUUGACAUGGGCAACGCGGCCACGAGGGCUGGCUCGGCUUGUUACCCUCCCGUUAUGCCCCUUCAUUCGGUGGGCCUCUGCACCGCUCCUGACGGAUCUUGGGCUGUUACGACCUCGCACACCCCUAACACAUAA